GGUAUGCAGGCCCGUUGGCCGCUGAUCCGCAGACUGCCGCAGGCACCAUUGGGUCACGUGAUGUUUCUGACUGGCCGGUCCACAUUGACCGCCGGCCAACAGAACGGAGAGGCUGGUUUAGUUGAGAAUCGAGUAGUGGCGGGGGAAGUUAGUUUGUUAAGAGAGGAGUUUUCCGGUGACCGUUAUCGGCGCAGAACGAACAUCUGCUUUGUUGAGAAAUUAAGCCUGAAUCAGAAUACACGCCAGGCAUUGAUGCUGUAAGGUUUUGCAAGCAUUCUGGUGUGAAGUAAGAUGACUGAUGUGCGGCCAAGCCCAGCUGCAAUGAACCACAACAUGAGCUCCAGCUCCAUGUCAAGUUUAAAAACGACGCAGCGCGGCCAGACGCUGCUGCGAGAGCUGGACCACCUGUCGCUGACGCACCCGGACGAGUUCCGCGAGCGGCUGGGCGCGCUGAAGCACAAGUACCAGCGCAGCGAGCAGCAGCUGCAGGAGCUGGUGUCGCACCACGAGGCCGAGCUCCGGCGCGCCAUGCAGCUCUACGAGAACGUCUCCGGACGCAUCUCGGCCACGCGGACCCGGAUGCGUACCGUGCGCGAGAACCUGGUCAACUGCAAGAUGCUGCUGCACUGCAAACGCGACGAGCUGAAGAAGCUCUGGCAGGAGGGCGUCGAGCACAAGCACAUGUUGUCGCUGCUGGAGAAGGUGGAGGAGCUGCGCGGGCUGCCCGACGCCGUGUCGUCGCACAUGCAGCGGCGCGAGUUUUACCGGGCCACGCGCCGUCUGACGGACGGUCUGGCGCUGCUGGACGGCCAGCUGGUCGGGGUGCAGGCGCUGCAGGAGGUCCGCGCCGAGCUAGAGGCGCUGGCCGACGAACUGCACGAGCGGCUGGCCGACGAGCUGCAGCGACACCUGUACGAGCAGAGCACGCAGCCGGCGCUGGCGGCGCUGCAGCGGCACGGCAGCGGACGCUGCUCGGGCCGCGCCGGCUCCGAGCGCGGCGACGAGCAGCGCAGCUCUGGCCGCUCGUCGGCGCGGGAGCGCGAGCGCCGUCCGCUGGUGGACAUCUCCGGCCUGCUGGGCGGCCCGGCCGGCGGCGAGGAGGAGCUGGAGGCGCUGGACGGCGGCGACGGCGCCAGCCACCCGGCCGUGCUGGUCGAGUGCCUGACGCGGCUGCAGAAGCUGCCCGACACGGUGGAGGCGGUGCUGUCGCGCAUGGAGUCUGAGCUGCUGUCGGUGGUGGCCCGCACGUCGCGCACGCUGCAGGAGCAGCGGUCGGUGCAGGUGGUGGCGCCCGCCAUCGGGCCGGCGCUGGUGCAGCCGGCCGACGGCCAGGCGCUGCUCUCUCAGCUGGUGGACGCCGUGGCCGACCAGUUCCGCGCCGUGGCCGCCACUCACGAGCGGGUACUGGUGGCGUUCCGGCGCUCAGCCGCCUCCCGCGGCCUGGACACCAUUGCGCUGUACAGCAUGGACGACGUCUGGGCGCGCAUCCAGGACGUGCUGAAGUUGGUUACAUCCGAGUACCUGGAUGUGCCGAGCGCGGGCGGCGCGGCCGCCGCCGACACGCCUCUGACGCCGCGCACAGAGACUGCCGCCGAGCUCUCCAGCCACUUUAUGCGCAAACGGCCGCCCCGCGUCCGCACGCGGCAGCUGUUCAAUUUUGACGCGUCGUCGACGAGUCUGAACAUGGGCGCGUACCUGCAGGAGAAGGCGCGUCUGUCGCGGCAGCGCGGCGAGGGCGCGGCGCUGCUGGCGUCUCCGGGCGAGCGGCGCCGCCUGGUGCCGGCCGACCCGCUCAACAUCACGCUGCUCUACCCGCCGCUGAUGCGGCUGGCGGCCGAGAUCGAGGAGAAGCUGGGCCAGACCUCGCACUGUCCGCUGCACAGCUUCAUCAACGACUACAUCAGCGAGGAGCUGCUGGGCCAGCUGCGCGCCGAGGGCGCCCUGCUCGCCGAGACGCGCAUGGACGGCUGGAAGACGGUCCAGGAGCCGGCCGAGCUGGUGGCACUGGGCGCCGCCAAGCCGCUGCUGCAGUCGGCCGUCCAGGUGCGCCGCUUCGUGGCCUCGCUGCGCACCUUGAUGACGUCGCUGCCCGACUACUGCAACCACUUCCUGUCCAUCAUCUGCGGCGUGCUGGUGCAGUACAAGGAGGCGUGCGGCCAGCAGUACCGCGGCCUCACCCAGGCAGAGCACGGACGCGCCGUCGUCUCUGCCCAGUGGGCGCACGACGAGGACAUCAGCCGCUUCCUGCGCGAGCUGCCCAACUGGCUGAACCAGAAGCAGGGCGGCGCGGCGGCGGCGGCCGCCGCCGGUGCCGAAGACCUAUCCGUGGAGGAGUCACCAGAAGAGGUGCGCGAGCGCAACCGGCGCGAGACCGAGAUCCUCUCCGGCAACCUGGGUGACGGCGACAUCGGGCCAGGCGAGGUGAUCGCGGACGUGCAGCUGCUGCGCCAGCUAGCCUGGCUGCACGAGAGCCUGGAGUGGCUGGGCGGCUACGUGCAGAACAUGGCGGCCGACCUCUCCGAGUCCGGCGCCGUGCCCGAGUCGUCUGCGCAGACGCUGACGCAGCUCGGCCGCGACCUGGAGGAGCUGGCCGACAGUGGCCUGCUCGUGCUGCACCUGGAGGUGCGCGUCCACUGCUUCUUCCACCUGCUGCCUUUGACGCGCCAGGGCCAGUUCGCGCCCAACCUGGACAGCUCUGAGCCGGACCCGGAGGUGAGUCGGCUGAACCGCGACCUCUCCUCCAUCAUGGACGUGCUGCAGACGGCGCUGCGCAAGCGCAAACUGCGCUACAUCUUCGAGGGCCUGGCGCCGCUGGUGUCGAACCUGCUGAUCGCCGACCUGCCGCACAUCCAGCGCGUCAACGAGAACGGCGUCAAGAAGAUGGUGCGCGACGUGCUGAGUCUGCAGCAGAGCAUGACGAGCCUGACGAUGGCGCGCGAGGUGGCGCUGGACCAGGCGCGCGCCUACUACGAGCUCCUGCUCAAGGACAGCGACGAGGUGCUGGCGGCGGUGCGCGAGCGCGGCGCCGCCUUCACGGAGGCCGAGUACGCGGCCGUGCUGGAGCUGCUGCACCGCAGCCAGCCGGGCGCGCCGGCCAUGAGGCUGCACCGCACCCUCGAGCGGCUCUCGGACGUGAUGUCGGGCGCGCUGGCAGCCGGCGCGCACGGCUACCCGCACGAGUAGGGCGCGGAGCCGAGAGACAGCCGAACUGUCUGCGGAGACUGCGACCGAGACGGACGCUGCCCAGCGGCGACCGAAUCAGUAUUUUCCGCUCAACGCUGGCAUACCUUUUCGCUAGAUUAUUUGGUGGAAACACAGACGGUAGUGGUAAGCUUUAAUGACUUCCUAUCCUAGCAGCCUAUCGCUUAUAAUUCGGGAGUUCGUAAUCCGGCAUUUUUAUGGGUUUCCAUUCAUGUAGCCGAAGCUACCUGCCCACAUAUACACGCAUAUCGCACCUGUACCGAAUAUUUAUUGUUAUUCCAGCCGCCAGCGAUUGCAGACUGAUCAUGUAUUGGGGGAUGCGGCGAACAGCUUUGAUGAGUUUCGGUUGCACAUUAGUUUUUUUUAUAAGCCGUUUGUUGCUAGCCGGGAUGAAGGGUGGCCAACAUUGCUUUCUCACUGCGUCACCGAGUUGAGAAAACACGUCCUGGAAGUUUUGGUGUCUUGAUAAGUUACAUAAGGUAUUCUGUGUAAUACUAAAUACCGUGUAACAUUUACUUCACCGCUGCUUUUGUAUGCAUUCGAUGUCUGUUUAAACCUCGGUUUGAACUGCUUGCCGGAAUAAACCUUGGAUAUGUGCA